AGCAGGGACGAGCCUACCAGCCGUGAUUUCUAAACGUGGAGAAAGGCUGAACAGCGAGGAGCACGCAGGAAUGAGUCCGCUGAGAGGUUUCCCCUGGCUUUUGAUAUUCCUCUAUGCAGCAGCUGUGUGUGCAGGUGUGGGUGGUGCAAAGGUCGACAAUGUGUCGUCAGAAGUCUGUCGUCAUCCGUGUGAGGAGCUGGUGGAUUUGCUCACUGAGAUCCACGGCCUGAGGAUUGUGACCAGCACUCUGCUUGAAGACCUGGACAGAGUAGCAAAAGAAAAUGAAGAGAUGCGGUUAUCUUUGGCUGAGCUGAGCAACAGCGGCAGCAACAACGGGAGCAGCAACGGGAGCAGCAACUGGAGUGUCAGCAACUGGAGCGUCAAAUGGAGCAGCAGCAGCAACUGGAGCAGCAACAGGAGCAGCAGCAACCACGGCCAUGGCGGCAGUGGCAGUGGCAGUGAUGUCAACAAUCUUGACAGAGACAGAUAUAGAGGCAGAGGCAGAGAGGGAGACAGGGAGGUCUGGUGCAUGCAGGAUGGACGGGUGUACGAGCACGGGGAGGACUGGGAUGUUGACAGCUGCACCGCCUGUGUGUGCAAGGAUGCGAAGGUGGUGUGUCAUCAGGUGUCGUGCCCUCCUGUAUCCUGCCUCAACCCAUCCUUUAUCGAUGGAGAGUGCUGUCCGGUCUGUCUCGAUAAUGAAAAUGGCUGGUCCCCGUGGUCUGAGUGGACCCACUGUUCGGCCACCUGUGGACGUGGAGGCCACCAAAGGGGCCGAUCCUGCAACAGCAUCAAGCCGCCGUGCUCCGGCCCGUCGGUCCAAACCCGCAGCUGCAUCCUGAUGAAGUGUGACCGCAAGGCGCGUCCUGACGGGAACUGGGGCCUUUGGUCUCCUUGGUCUGCUUGUACAACCACAUGCGGGGAAGGAAACAUCACACGAGUUCGUCUCUGCAACAACCCUCCGCCGCAGAAGGGGGGCAGAGGGUGCACGGGCAGCGCCAGGGAGACACAUGCCUGCAAUAAUACACCCUGCCCCAUUGCUGGAGGCUGGACGAGCUGGACUGAGUGGUCUCAGUGCUCAGAGUCGUGUGGUGGAGGUCUUAUGAGUCGCCAGCGGGAGUGUUUGAACCCCGCCCCUCAGCACGGUGGGAAGCUCUGUGCCGGAGACGCUGUGGACUAUGAAUCGUGUAACAAGCAGCCGUGUCCUAUAGAUACAUGUUUGCUUUCAAAUCCAUGUUUUCCUGGAGUGGAGUGCACGUCACACAGCGAUGGAUCAUGGGAGUGUGGACGUUGUCCGUUGGGUUUACAUGGCAACGGCACUCACUGUGAAGAUGAAAACGAGUGUGAGGUGGAGAACGUGUGCGUCACAGAGUGUGUAAACACAGACCCCGGCUUCUACUGUCUGCCCUGUCCUCCUCGCUAUAAAGGCACCCAGCCGUUCGGCCUCGGGUUGCAGGAAGCCCAGAAAAUCAAGCAGGUGUGUGAGCCAUACAACCCUUGCAAAGACAACACACACACCUGCCAUAAGUAUGCAGAGUGUGUGUACCUGGGCCUGGCGUCGGAGGUUUUGUUCAGAUGUGUGUGCGCUGUCGGAUUUGCGGGUGACGGCUUCCUGUGUGGUGAAGACUCUGAUCUGGACGGCUGGCCCAACAACAGAUUACCCUGCAAGCUGAAUGCAACCUAUCACUGUCACCAGGAUAAUUGCCCCAUGCUACCAAACUCUGGACAGGAAGACCUGGACAGGGAUGGAAAGGGGGACGCCUGUGAUCCUGAUGACGACAAUGAUGACAUCAUAGAUGAAAGGGAUAACUGCCCGCUGGUGUACAACCCUCGGCAGUUUGACUCUGACAGAGACGGGGUCGGGGACGCCUGCGACAACUGUCCGUUUGAAAGCAACCCACUGCAGAUGGACACUGAUGAUAACGGAGAAGGAGACGCCUGCAGCAUUGACAUUGAUGGAGAUGAGGUUCUGAAUGACCGAGACAACUGUCCCUUAGUCUACAACACUGACCAGCGGGACACAGACAUGGACGGUGUUGGAGACCAGUGUGACAACUGUCCUCUUCUACACAACCCACUGCAGCUCGACUCUGACAGCGACCUGGUGGGGGACAUGUGCGACAACAACGAGGACAUCGAUGAGGACGGCCACCAAAACUCGCUAGACAACUGUCCCUACAUUGCAAACAGCAACCAGGCCGACCACGACAAGGACGGGAAGGGAGACGCCUGUGACCACGACGACGACAACGACGGCAUCCCUGAUGACCGGGACAACUGCAGACUGGUGCCCAACAGGGACCAGCUGGACUCUGACGGUGACGGGAGUGGAGAUGCAUGCUUUGAUGACUUUGACAAUGACAGUAUUCCAGAUGCGGAGGAUCCAUGUCCGCUGAACCAGGAUAUCGGGUCCACAGACUUCAGGAAGUUUCAAGUUGUUUUGUUGGACCCUAAAGGCACCACGCAGUCUGACCCUCUCUGGGUGAUCCGCAGCCAAGGCACGGAGCUGCUGCAGACGGCCAACUCGGACCCUGGCAUCGCUUUAGGAUAUGACAAGUUUAGCUCGGUGGACUUCAGUGUGACAUUUUAUGUGAACACAAACCGAGAUGACGACUAUGCGGGGAUUGUGUUCGCCUACCAGUCCAGCCGGCGCUUCUACGUCGUCAUGUGGAAACAGGUGUCUCAGGCAUACUGGGAGAAAAAGCCGUCCAAGGCUUUUGGCACAGCGGGAGUCUCGAUCAAACUGGUCAACUCCUCCACAGGACCAGGGGAGUAUCUACGUAAUGCCCUGUGGCACACCGGAAACACCAGACACCAGGUCAGAACAUUGUGGCAUGAUCCUAAUAAAAUUGGCUGGAAGGACUUCACAGCCUACCGCAUGCACCUCAUCCACAGACCCAAGACUGGGUUCAUCAGGGUGGUGGUGUACGAGGGCAGGGAGAUCUUAUCUGACUCGGGGGCCGUGUACGACCACACCCUGGCUGGAGGCAGACUGGGACUGUUUGUCUUCUCUCAGGAACACGUCCUCUUCUCAGACCUCAGAUAUGAGUGCAGAGGUAAGAUUUCCUGUCAAAAAACUUAGAUUACUUAAGCAAAAAUAACAAUAUGAUCGGAGUGUCCUCAACCGA